AUGGCUGACAAAAGGGAAUCUGGAAGAGUGAAAGAUCUUCAGCAGAAACGUGUUCUUGAUGAUGCUGCACGACGACGUAGACAAAGAAAAGCGCUUGAAGCCUUAGAGUCUGACAAUUUUCAGGAUGACCCACAUGCUGAUCUCAAAAUGAGCAAAAAGGCUCCCAAAUUUGAGGAAUCAAUGGAUACUGGACAACCAGUGUCAAAGAAGAAACGAAAGAGCAAGAGUGACCACUUCAAGUUUAAAUACAAGAAAAGUUUUUCAGCACUACUAGAAGAAGAGCAUAUGUCAAACAGAGACACUCCAAACUACUUAACUGCCAGUAUACCACCUUCAAGGUUCCCAGAGAGGCGUUUCUGUGCUGUGUGUGGGUUUCCAUCAAACUACACCUGUGUACAGUGUGGAGCGAGAUACUGUUGUGUUAGAUGUUUAGGGACCCAUCAGGAUACUAGGUGCUUGAAAUGGACAGCUUGAACAUUUCCGUCGUAUCCUAGUGACAAGUGCCACACUGUUUGGAAAGACAGAAAAUUCCCAAGGAAGCAUAGACACCAAGAAGCCUUUAGUGUCAAUCUGGUUAGCUCACUGUGACAUGUCAACUACCAUUGACAUAACAUACUGGUCCAGUACAGACAUGAGUGAAGGACACUGUUUCUAUCACACUUGGUGAAACAUGGGACAUGAUAAUUCUAUGACUGCCGUGAAUCUCCACUGAUUUCAUCAUACAUCAAGUGGAGAUUAUUUAGCUGGACAUUAUGAAAGUCACAGGAAAGUACUUCUCUAAUGCUUGGCUUUUGAAUAUCAGUUCAACACUCAAAGAGAACUGAGCCUGUCAUGAAUAAAACUUCCUUAAUCCGAUCAAAUUGUAUCAAGGAUGUUAGUCACCAUGAAGUAGAGCCAAAAUCAGCUGAUUCCCAAACAGAAAAAGGAUAUUAUUUUUCCAAAAUGGAUACAAUGUCUUACAGAAUAUUUAUAUAUUCACUCAUUGAUAUAAAUUUUAUGGUAAUUUAUCAAAUGUUCAAGCAAAUGUUGAUGUAGAUCGAGUAUCCGCUCAGUCUUGUCAUGGUACAAUGGACAUUCACUGACAAGAAUAAGUUAACCUUAUGUCAUUCGCUUGGUGUUUGAUUUAGCCAUUUUCUAUGUUAUAUGAAAAGAUGAUAUUCACUGAGAUAAACAUCUGACAAAGUGACGGUUUAUAUAUUUCUCACUUGAAUUUAGUUUCUGUGUAUAAUGGAUCUGCUAUAAAUUUGUAAAAUAUUUUUGUAGAGAUGUAAAUAAACAAUGAUUUUU